AUGGUGGCCACAAGCCCACAGCUCUCUCUCUCUCCUCAGACCGCCCCUCCUGUUUUUCCCCACCGCCGACGCGAGGUCCCGCACUCUUCCCACUCUUCUCAACCCCUCCUCCUCAAAUCGGUCGCCGAAGUGCCCGAGGAUCCGCUCGAGCUCGGCAUGGUCGCUGGGCGCGGGACGAAGGCCGACGCGAAGGCGCGGGACUCGUCUCCACCAGAUCGGCGGCCGUGGCUGUCAUGCGUCGCAACCUCCGCCCCUGGUUCCUUCCUCUCUAUAUCGCUCGUCGGUGGCUCCCACCACCCUGUGUGUGCGACUGCGCUGCGCCCUGCAAUGCCCAGGCACGACAGCAGUACCCCGAUGUCUGGUCCCCUGCAAGUGCAAGCCGGCGCCGGUAGACGAUCUAUUCCCCUCUUCGGCUUUCAUAUAUGCUUAUUUCUGAUUUGA